AUGCCGUCGCAGCAACAGGUAAAGUCCUGGAAUCCUGGUGAUGAGCCAGAAGAUGCAGACGAGGAUGCCAAGGUCAUUACGAACCAAAUUUGCCAAUCCGGGCGGAAGAGGCAAGAGCGCCAAACUGCUACCUGUAGGAAUUUCCUGGCGGCGAAGGAGGCCUUCGAGGAGGCUGAGGUGAAGGAUGCAAUCAUGCAGCUGGUCUGUGCUGCUGCAAAUUGCAAAGAAUUUGACGAGGGAAUGGCAUAUUUCGAGGAGAUCCAAAGCAGCUCCUUGGAAGCCACCGACAGCGUCUACAGCGCCGUGCUGAAGCUGCUGGGGAUUCAAGGCAACUACGAGUCAGCCAGCAGGUCAGGCACAGGUAGCACAGAGCUGGCGAGAGAAGGCGUCGAGCUGAACCCGUCGCAUUUUGGCUGCCUUCUGAAAGCUUGCCGAGAAAGCAGAGAUCUCGAGAAUGCUGAGAAGGCACUGAAGCGGAUGCGUGACGCAAGCAUCCCGGCCAACAUUAUCCACUACACCAUUUACAUGGGGGCAUGUGCAAGGUUCGUGGCAGACGAGCAACCUGGGCACGCUGCGGCUGUAGAGCUUGAGCAGAAAGUUCUGUCCAUGAUGGACGAGGACAUGGUGAAGCCCAACGAUUACUUCCUCGAGGAGCGAAUCUGUCUCCACCUCGGAAUUGCUAGUUUGAGGGAUUGGCUGUACGAUGAGGAUGCACCGAGGCCGCUGGGGCCGACACGGUAA